UCUCCCAGGGCAGAGCCCCCAGCCCGGCCAGGCCCCUUCCCGGCCCGGCCCCUGCCCCAGGGGGGCCCCGCUCGGAGGGAAGGCUGAGGAAUCACGUCCAUGUUUCGCUCCUGAUCGUCCCAUCCUCCUAGGAAACAGGGAAGUGGCUGUGGUGGAGCCAGCUCAGGAUUCCCCAUUACCAAACCUGACCUGAUCACCAGGUUGAAACGAGGAGAAGAACCGUGGGACCUCCAGGCCUCCAAGGAAAGGGAGAUCCUGAGAGGCACCCACACAAGUGAGGAGUCCGUGAAACUGACAGAGAAACCAUCUGCGUGGAGAGCUCCCCUAGCAACUUCUCAGCUGAGCAUGCCGGCUCCACGCGGCAGGCGGGCUCCUGCCUGGAGUACGCCGGAGGUGGUGGAUCUCCUGGGCCUGUGGGGACAGGGGGACGUGCAGGCACAGCUCCGAAACAGCCGUCGGAACUUCGACGUCUACAGCCAGAUUGCUCGGGGCAUGGAGGAGAAGGGCUACGACAGGGACCCGCAGCAGUGCCGCGUAAAAAUCAAGGAGCUGCGGCAGGCCUACCAGAAGGCAAAGGAGGCAAAUAGUCGCUCCGGUGCGGAGCCGCAGACGUGCCGCUUCUACAAGGAGCUGCACGCCAUCCUCGACGGCGACUCCACCUCCACCGUCAAGCAUCCUGUGGAUACUUUGGGGGACCUGGAGUCACAGGCCACCGGAGUGAACCCUGAGAUCGAGGUGAUGAUCAAGGAAGAGGAUGACGAGGAAGAGGAGGAGUAUGGGGCACAGGCGACAGGGGGAUCCGGUGGUGUGGCGAGCCAGGACUUCUUUUUGACUCCUGAGCAGUCUAGCCAGUCCCAGCAAUCCAGCCCCGGUGAACCUGAUGCAGGGGAGGGAACCUCUGCAGCUGCAAAUGCGGCCUUGAGGGCCUCUCCGUCCACCCCAGAGGAGCGGCUGGGCCAGGUGAGGAGGAGAAAGAAGAGGACAAGGGAAGACAUGUUUCAGGAGGUCCUGCGAGCCUCCCGCGCUUCGGAGCGUGAGCAGAGGGCUUGGAGGAUAAUGAUCAAUGACAAAAUGCACAGGGAUAGCGAGGACAGGAGAAACGGGCAGCAAGAGAUGAUCACAUUGCUCCGGGAGCAGACAGACAUGCUGCGGUCUCUGAUUGAACUUCAGGCUGAACACAUCCGUGCUCGCCUCCCCCUGCAGCCCAUAGAGAACUGCAUUCCGGGACCUCCCUAUACUGGCCUCCAUGUAUCUUCUGGGCCCGCAGCAGUACCCCAGGCACUCCACCCCACGGAAGAUUACACACAAUGACAGCUGCACGUACACCCAGCUGUGAGAGCCUUUUGGGUGUAUGUGCUUGUGAAUUCCCUCUUCCUUCCCCUUCAAAGAUACUUUCCCUUGUAUGUAUGAAGUUUUUACUUUAGCAUUACCUAGGUAUGUUUGCAUAGGUGUGGAAUAAAAAUGUAAAUUCAGUUUU